GCGAAUUUACUCACCAGGAAUUCAGGAAUCCGAGUCCCAAGACACCGUGUCCCUCGAGCCCUGCCUGGAGGUGGCUGGGAGGUGGCAGCAGGAGACGACAGGGAGUCCUUGAUGUGCUGACAACCAUGUCCAGGAAACACUGGCCCCCUGGGACUCAGUGUGUCACCAAGCACGACCACACCAAGCCCAAGGCCCAGGAGCUGGCCUUCCGCAAGGGCGACGUGGUCACCAUCAUCCAAGCCGUGGAGGGCAAGGGCUGGUACCGCGCCAGGCACAACGAGACGGGGCAGGAGGGGCUGCUGGUGGCCAGCGUGCUGCGGGAGCGCGGGGCCAUCCGUGCUGACCCCAAGCUCAGCCUCAUGCCCUGGUUCCACGGGAAGAUCUCAGGGGUGGAGGCAGUGCAGGAGCUGCAGCCCCCCGAGGAUGGGCUGUUCCUGGUGCGUGAGUCUGUCCGGCACCCUGGUGACUACGUGCUGUGCGUGAGCUUUGGCAGGGAGGUGAUCCACUACCGCGUGGUGCACCAGGAGCACACGCUCAGCAUCGACAGCCAGCAGCACUUCUCCAACCUCAUUGACAUGAUUGAGCACUACAUGAAGGAGCAGGGAGCCAUCUGCACCAAGCUGGUGAAGCCCAAACCGAAAACUGGGAUGAAGUCAGCAGAGGAGGAGUUGGCCAAAGCUGGCUGGUUGCUGAACCUGCAGAACCUCACGCUGGGAGACCUCAUCGGGCAAGGCGAGUUCGGAGACGUCCUGCAGGGUGAGUAUAUGGGGCAGAAGGUGGCUGUGAAGAACAUCAAGUGUGACGUGACCGCCCAGGCCUUCCUCAGAGAAACGGCUGCCAUGACGAAGGUCCGGCACAAAAACCUGGUGUGUUUGCUUGGUGUGAUCCUGCACAACGGCCUCUACAUCGUCAUGGAGUUCAUGAGCAAGGGCAACCUGGUGAACUUCUUGCGCACGCGGGGCCGGGCACUCAUCUCGACUCAGCAGCUCCUCCAGUUUGCUUUGGAUGUGGCCCAGGGCAUGGACUACCUGGAGUCCAAGAAGCUGGUGCACAGGGACCUGGCUGCCCGCAACAUCCUCAUCUCUGAGGAGAACGUGGCCAAAGUGAGUGAUUUCGGCCUGGCCCGGGUCAAUCCCAAGGGUGCAGAUGCCACUUUGCUGCCCGUGAAGUGGACGGCCCCGGAGGCACUGAAACACAACAAAUUCUCCUCCAAGUCUGACGUGUGGAGCUACGGGAUCCUCCUCUGGGAAGCCUUCUCCUUCGGCCGAGCACCCUACCCCAAGCUGAGCCUGAAGGAGGUGACAGAGCUGCUGGAGCAGGGGUACCGCAUGGAGCCCCCCGAAGGCUGCCCACCCACCAUCUAUGCCCUGAUGAGGAGCUGCUGGGAGCUGGAGCCAGGCAAGCGGCCGUCCUUCAAGAAGAUCACAGAGAAGCUGCAAAAGGAGCUGAAGCACCUGAGGGAUGUUUAACCCUCAUCCCACUCCUGGAGACCCAUGGCCAGAAGGCCCUUGGACCCACCGGGGCUGGGAGCAGCGUGGCCCGUGGCACUGCUCUCUCCCAGUGGAGAUGGGGCAGCAGCUGGGGGGUGGUCUCUCCUCCCCCAGGGCAUUCAGAGAUGAGGCAGAGCCUCUCUCCAUCCUGGAGUCUCCUUCCAUGCUGGCACAGAUCCUUCUUCCUACCACACAGCCCAGAGAAGGCUCCCCCGGGGUGGGGAGAGCAGCCCCCAAGGGCAGCCAUGCCCCACAGACCCCACACAGCCCCCAGGGCAGGUGCUGCACGUGGAGUCCCUCUGAGCUGCCACUCCUGGUGACAGGGGACAGGAUGGGACAGUUCCACUCGCUGGAGGACCAACCCCUGACAGCCCUGCUCCAGCCACCGCCCCGUGCGGGGACACCAGGCACAGCCAGCUAAAACCACCCGGAUUUGGGCUUUUUGAUUAAACCAAAGAAAUUAGUUCAACAGCA